AUGAGCCAAAAAUCGGUUAGCCGAGUAGUACAUGCUGUAACCGAAGCUAUUAAUAAAAAAUUAUUGAGAAAAUAUAUAAAAUUCCCUAUGACCCCUGAAGGGCGGCGAGCAGCUAAAGCAAAAUGUAGGAAUGCCCCACAGCCAUUUCCGGAUGCGAUAGGAGCCAUAGACUGCACACACAUAAAAAUUCUAGCUCCAAAGUUGCAUGAAGAGGCAUAUGUGAGCGGUCACCAUGAGGGACAUUCAUUAAAUGUACAAGUUGUGUGUGACCCAGACCUGUUAAUUUUGAACAUCAAUGCUAAAUGGCCAGGAGCCAGACACGAUGCUCACAUAUGGGCAAAUUCACCUGUACUCUCAACCAUGAAGCGACAUUUUGACAAUGGGGAUCGCCGUACAUGGUUACUUGGUAAGUUAAAGACCAAUUUUACUAGAAUGGAAUGUCUGUAA